AUGGACAAAAUAUCCACUUGGAAUAAUCAAGUCAGAGACUCUUUCAAUCCAAACUCCGCUGAUUUCAUAAAAGUUACUGAAAUCCCUGAAAAAGAAGGCCUACUAUUCAAACACAUCAACUAUUUAAUUGUCCACAAUGCUCCAUUGGCUGAUACUGAUUCAAACAAUGGAAGAAAAGUCAUUAGAAGAUAUUCUGACUUUGUAUGGUUGCUUGAAAUUCUUUUGAAAAAAUACCCAUUCAGAUUAAUUCCUGAACUUCCUCCCAAAAAAUUUUCUGGCUCCAGUAAUGAUAAUUUAUUUCUUCAACGUCGCCGUCAUGGUCUCCAACGCUUCUUAAAUCAACUAAUGAAACACCCAAUUCUAUCAAAGGAAUCUCUGGUCAUUAUGUUUCUAACCGUUCCAACUGAUUUAAAUAGCUGGCGCAGACAAGCCAAUGUCGAUACAAAUGAAGAAUUUAAAGGCAAAAGAAUCUCAAAAAACUUUAUUAAAAACUGGCACCCAGAUAACCAAAAAUUAUGGAAACAAGCCGAAUUUUCAAUAAAAGACAUGUAUGAAAACUGGUUUAAAAUUUGCAUUCUAAUCGAAAGAAUCGAAAAGAGAAAAGAACAAAUUGCCUACGAUAACCUAAAAUUCAACUCAAUCCUAAAUGGCUUCAUCGAUGUCUCAAAUAAAAUAUACUCAGUUGAAUCAAGCGAUAUCUCAAUGAUUAACGCUGGUCUACAAAACGUCAAUCUUCACAUUUCAAAUAGCGCCUCAUUAUACAAAGACGAAUCACAUAACCUUGACAUCGGAAUUAUGCAUGAAUUUAAAACAUUUCAAGAUUAUAUAAACUCUUUAAGAGGCCUAUUUGAAAGACUAAAUAGAUUGGGUGGAAACACAAUCUUUCAAGCUAAAAAAAGAGUCGAAAUAAAUACAAAUAGAUUUAACGAAAUUAAAACAAAACCCGAUGUUAGAGGCUCAGAAGUUGAUAGGCUAAUCCAAAGCAUUAACAGAGAUAAACAAGAUAUUAUCAGUCAAACUAAUAGAGAUUGGUUAAUAAAAGAAUGUGUUCUACAUGAAUUUGUCAUGUUCCAGGAAACUCAAUAUAAAAUUACAAAAAUCUUUCAAGAAUGGGGAGCAGAUAGGUUAAAAUAUGGUGAAUUGCAGGCCGAUAAUUGGAAUCAAAUGUGUAACCUAUUACAACAAAUGCCCUAUAAUAGACAAUAA